GGAAAAGGGGCUGUGCUCGAAGCUAUCGCCAUUUUUUCUCCGCGGAAUUCUCGAAGUUGGCAUCAAGAAAGGAUUGAGGCUCUGUGAUCAUGGGUGAUGUAAUUGAUUUAACUGGAGAUGGAGGUGUGCUCAAAACAAUCAUAAGGAAAGCCAAAAGCGAUGCCAUCGCACCCGCUGAUAACCUUCCCAUUGUUGAUGUUCACUAUGAAGGCAUCCUUGCUGAAACUGAGGAAGUCUUCGAUACUACCCGCGAGGACAACACUGUUUUCUCUUUUGAACUUGGGCUGGGGACAGUAAUUAAAGCAUGGGAUAUCGCUUUGAGAACUAUGAAGGUUGGUGAAGUGGCAAAAAUAACCUGCAAACCUGAGUACGCCUAUGGAAGUGCAGGUUCACCACCGGACAUCCAACCUGAUGCUACUCUCAUCUUCGAAGUGGAGUUAGUUGCUUGUAGACCUCGGAAGGGUGCGAGCAUGGGCAGCGUUUCUGAUGAAAAGGCUCGGUUGAUGGAACUAAAGAAACAAAGAGAGAUUGCUGCAGCACUCAAAGAGGAAGAAAAGAAGAAGAGAGAGGAAGCCAAAGCUGCUGCUGCUGCAAGAGUGCAGGCUAAAUUGGAUUCUAAGAAGCAACAAGGGAGAGGCAAAGGAAAAGCCAAAUAACAUGUUUGUGCUUAAAUUCUAGUGAAAUAAAAGAAAGUUACAGACUUUGUUGUUGUCCAUGGCUCCUUAUUCAACUCUCAUUGUACAGAGUUUGUUAAAUCAUCAACAUAGAAAAAUAU